AGCUCUCUCUCACUUUCUCUCUCUCUCUCUCUCUCUCUCUCCCUCUGGUGUUCUUUAGGUCGUGGGCUUUGUAAAAAUUUGUCCUUUUGUUGUGUGUUUUGGCCUCCUCUUCUCUUUUUAGGUUCUUGGUUUUGGGGUUUGGGGGGUUUUGGGCUUGGGAAAUGGUGGGGAUUGGCGUUGGGGGAGGGAGCCUCACUAGUGUGGGCAUGGAUACAAGCUGUGGAGCUUUGCUCAGAGAGCUACAGCAUAUCUGGGCAGAGAUAGGAGAGAGCGAGGGCGACAAGGAUCGCAUGCUGUCGGAAAUCGAGAGAGAAUGCUUGAAAGUAUAUCAAAAGAAAGUGGACGACGCGAGCAGGGUGAAGGCGCAGCUCCUCCAGUCUCUGGCGGCUAAAGAAGCGGAGGUCGCAGCUCUCCUUGCCUCCCUCGGGGAGCACAUGCUGCAUCUGAAGAAAGACAGCAAGAUGGCAUCGUUAAAGGAGCAACUUGCUACCGUCGCGCCUUUAUUGAACGAUCUAAGAGCCAAGAAAGAGGAAAGGAUUAAACAGUUUUCUGAUAUAAGAUCCCAGAUUGAGAAGAUCAGUGCCGAGAUAACAGAAUUCAAUCAUCCGAAUGAUGCUAUUACUAUUCCUAUUGUUGAUGAAAAUGAUCUGUCGAUAAGGAAGCUUAAUCAGUAUCAGGCAGAUUUUCGUGCCCUUCAGAAAGAGAGGUCUGAUCGCCUUCAGAAGGUUCUGGAGUACGUGAAUGAAGUGCAUUCUCUAUGCGGCGUACUAGGACUUGACUUUAGGAAGACAGUUGAUGAAGUGCACCCCAGUCUGCACGAGACUGGGUCAGGGCAGUCGACAAACAUUAGUAAUAACACAUUGGAAGGCCUCGCUCAAGCUGUCCAAAAGUUAAAGGCAGAAAGAAAACUCCGGAUAGAAAAGCUGAGAGAAACUGUCAGAUCACUAUUCCAACUCUGGAAACUAAUGGAUUCUUCGGACGAAGAGAGGAGGCGUUUUGGAAGAUUAACGAGCAUUAUUCAAUCACCUGAAGAGACAAUAACAUCUUCUGGAGUUCUCUCGCAAGAGAUGAUUGAUCAGACCGAAGCGGAGGUCGAGAGGCUGACAAAGCUAAAGGCCAAAAGAUUGAAAGAGCUUGUUCUGAAGAGAAGGUCAGAACUUGAAGAGAUAUGCAAAAGAGCCCAUGUAGAACCUGACAUUAGCACCGCACCUGAGAAAACUAGUGCAUUGAUUGAUUCCGGUCUUGUAGAUCCUUCUGAACUUCUAGCAAAUAUUGAGGCCCAGAUAGUCAAAGCAAAAGAAGAGGCCUUGGGCAGGAAAGAAAUUAUGGAUAGGAUAAACAAAUGGCUCGCAGCUUCUGACGAAGAAAAGUGGCUUGAAGAAUACAACAAAGACGAGAACAGGUAUAGCGCUAGUAGAGGUACGCAUAUUAACCUUAAAAGGGCGGAGAGAGCACGGAUUACAGUCACUAAGAUCCCAGCUAUGGUGGACAACCUGAUGAGCAAGACUUUCGCCUGGGAGGACGAAAGAAACAUGCCUUUCCUGUAUGAUGGGGUUCGCUUAGUAUCUAUUCUAGAAGAGUACAAGCUUACUCGGCAACAAAAAGAAGAGGAGAAGAGACGAUAUCGGGACCAGAAGAAGCUACAGGCUCUGCUGCUUACUGAGAAAGAAGCGAUGUUCGGGUCCAGACCGAGCCCAAAAAAGAACAACAGCUUCAAUAGGAAGCCGAAUGGAUACUAUGCGAAUGGAAAUGGGAAUGGGUUCAUGACCCCUAGUCCCCGUCGGCUCUCUGUUGGUAGUGCCACCCCUGAACUUCUUACACCGCGAUCUUACUCUGGUCGACAUAAUGGGUACUUCAGCAAGGAGAUGAGGCGGCUCUCAACUAUGCCGUUGAACUUCGUUGCUAUGCCUAAAGAGGACUCCAUGUCGACAUUCACAUCUAUCAGCGGUUCGGAACCAGAGUCUCCAUUGCAAGUCUAAAUCCAAAUAUCUGCCGGGUCAGGGUCGUGUUGCGGCGGUUGAGUUGCGCGUGCGCAGUUUACUGUGGAUGUACAGUAGUUGUUUGCUGUGUAUUGUUUAAUAGCGCGUAAGUCGAUAACGGUUUGAGAAUUAGUGCUUUGAGUAGGUUGACAUUUAGAUGUAUGCGUAGGGAGUUUUAACUCGGAGGAGCUAACUGGAUUGUGUAAUAUACUUCAUGCGAUUGCUUCAGUUGUUUGAGGACACCUUAGCAUAAUAUCUCUUCACUGUGUUGGUUUGUUACAGUUUCAUGUACAUAAUUCCUUCUUAAAUUGUAUUCCUGUGUGGAUUUUAUUGAAAUGUGGUACUUGUUAUCUUAUGAGGAUAUUACUUUU